CUCGCUCUAUGCCUAGAGAGAUGGAUCAGAACUCGAAUCACGAUAGAGCCACAUGCAAAAUCUUGGGCGUUGAAGAUCCGCCAUUAAUGCUCUCUCCCAUAUCAUAACACAAUUAUUGAGUCUUUGAAAAAAAUUGUUAAAAAAAAAGACUUUUGAGGAGAUUAAAAUAAGCAGGUGAGUCAUAAGUAGCUGUGGAGUUAAAGACGUGUAGAGAGAGCGUGUUCACUUUCUUGGCCGCGUUUCCAAUUUUCAAGAAUCUUGUGAGAAACUAACUUCUUGAUUAGUUUUUUUGUGUGUUUUUAGAGAACGUGAAAAAAAGAAGAUGAUUAGAUUAACAAAUCAUCUUGAACGAUAGAAGGAAUAUAAAGGCUUAGAGAGGCCAUUUUGUGAGUAUUAUUCAGUCACAAGCUUCUUGUCUUUUUGCAUCAUCUGCGUAAAGUAAGCUUUUUUCUCUCUGCAAUUUUUUUUGUCUCUUCUUCUUUCGUUCUGCAAUUUGCCAAUAUUUUAGUAUUAAGUUUCAUUGAUUUCUCUGCUGAAAAAAAUGUGGAUAAAUAAUGCUUAAACUUAUCUCUGGGAUUUCUAGAGACUUGUGACAAAUGUCAAAUGGGUUGUUGAAUCUUCACGUGUCCUCUUUUCUCCUCUUAUCUCAUCUAAUUUGUUUCUUUAGUUUUGUUCAACGCAAGCACAUCUUCAAUCCGAGAAAGUCAUCUUCUUUGAACCUCAAAUUGCCUUUUAGUUUGUCAAAUGACUUAAGUUCUUGAUCUUUUCUUGUAGGGUUUCUCUGCACUCCACGGUCAUGGCCUCAUCUACGGCUCAGAGCAAGAAGCAGUUUAAGAGGUCUAUGACCAAGAAAUCACACUCAUGGUGGUGGGAUAGUCACAAUUCUCCCAAGAACUCAAAAUGGCUCGCAGAGAAUCUAGAGAAGAUGGAUGACCGAGUGAACCACAUGUUGAAACUGAUUGAAGAAGACGCAGACUCUUUUGCCAAGAAAGCUCAGAUGUAUUUCCAGAAGCGUCCCGAGUUAAUCCAGCUUGUCGAGGAAUUCUACCGCAUGUAUCGCGCAUUGGCUGAGCGUUAUGAUCAAGCUAGUGGUGAACUUCAGAAGAACCAUACAUCUGAGAUCCAGUCACAGAGCUCUCUUGAGUUAUCAUCUCCUACCAAAGAGAAGUUGAGUCGUCGUCAAUCUGGCCAUAAAGAAGAGGAAGAUUCAUCGUCUUUGACUGAUUCCGGUUCUGAUUCUGAUCAUUCCUCUGCCAAUGAUGAAGAUGCUGACGAGGCAUUGAUCCGAAGGAUGGCUGAUUUAGAACUUGAGCUUCAAGAGACAAAACAGAAGCUCCUUCUCCAGCAGGAAAGUGUUAAUGGUGAUAAUAAUGUUGAUCUCCUUCAGAAAAUUGCUGUUUAUGAGGGAGAGCUUCAUGAAGCUAAUGAGAAGAUGCGAAUGCACGAAGAAGAGAUCGCUAAUCUGAAGAAUCAGCUUCAGAGCUUCAUGUCCUUUGACACAGAAGCUCAUCUUGGUGCUGAAGAAAAGAGUCUUGAUUUCGAUAAAGAGGACACUAAAGAAGAUGCAGCAGCUACGAAAGUGCUAGCCUUGGAGGAAGAGCUGAGUAUCGCGAAAGAGAAGCUUCAACACUUUGAGAAAGAGACUUAUUCACUAAAAAUUGAGCUUGAACACGGUAAAGCUGCUGAGGAGAAGCUGAAGAGCUUACAGCAUGAGCUUGAGUUGGCUCAGAAAGACACUGAUACCUACAUAAACAAGCUCAAUGCGGAGAAGAAAGAAGUCUUGAAGUUGCAGGAGAGAUUAGCAAUGGUGAAAACUAGUUUACAGGACAGAGAUAACGAGAUAAGGGCACUGAAAACUGCGGUUUCUGAUGCUGAACAAAAGAUAUUUCCCGAGAAAGCACAGAUCAUGGGAGAAAUGUCGAAGAUGCUCGAAGAAAUAAGCCAACUUGGAGAGCAACUGAGAGAGCUGGAAUCACAUAUAAGGCUGAUCACGGAAGAGAAAGCUGAAACAGAGGAGAAACUUAGAGGAGAAGCCGAGAAAAUCAGCGUAAUGAGAGAUGAGAGCAAUAUGCUAAGAGAAGAGAUUGGGAAGAGAGAAGAGAAGAUAAAGGAAAUGGAAAAGCAUAUGGAGGAGCUUCAUAUGGAGCAAGUGAGGCUGAGAAGACGGUCGAGUGAGCUUACAGAAGAAGUGGAAAGGACGAGAGUAUCUGCAUCGGAAAUGGCUGAGCAGAAAAGAGAAGCAAUAAGGCAGCUUUGUAUGUCUCUUGAGCAUUACAGAGAUGGGUACGACAGGCUUUGGAGAGUUGUUGCAGGUCAUAAGGGUAAGAGAGUAGUGGUCUUAGCAACGUGAAGUGUAAGAACAAUGACUAUGUGCAGGACAUGCUUUGUGUUCUUUUGGACUUAAAUGUUGUUUUAAGGGCCGUUAAGUUGAUGUUGAAAAUAGGUUGGAGUUGAAUAAUGUAUGUUGAUAUAGUAAAAAUCAAUGGUAAUAUUUUCUCAUUU